CCUAACAAAACAACAUGCGCGGAGUGUUAUUAUAGUGUGUUAUAAAUUAAUUAAACCUUAUUAAUUUCUAUUAUUAGAUAUAUAAAGCUGAAAUUUUGCAAACGCAAACAUGGUUAGGCACAACAACCAACUACCAAACAAUUUACCUCAGUUACAAAAUCUUAUAAAAAGAGAUCCAGUGUCUUACAAAGAUGAGUUUAUGCUUCAACUGCGGCACUACAAAUCACUGUUACAAGUGUUUUGGCUCAAUCCAAACCAAGUCAACAAGAGUCUGGACGAGUUGGUGAUGUUUAUUGCACAAGUCGCUCACUGUUAUCCCGAUGUACUAUCCGACUAUGCACAGGAGCUUAUCAAUCUGUUGAACACUCACAACACGGUUUUGGACCCUGCUAUGAGAAUGACAUUCUGCCGAGCAUUGAUUUUGCUGAGGAACAAAAACCUGCUGCAGCCUACAGAUCUUUUAUCCCUCUUCUUUCAGUUACUUCGCUGCAACGAUAAAGCUCUACGGACAUUUUUACAAUCCCACAUUGUAACGGAUAUUAAGAAUAUGAACGCAAAACAUAAGAACGCUAAGCUCAACACUACUCUUCAAAACUUCAUGUUCAGCAUGUUGAAGGACAAUAAUCCAAAAGCUGCAAAACUCUCUUUGGACAUCAUGGUAGAACUGUACAAGAAAAACAUUUGGAACGAUGUGAAGACCGUCAAUGUUAUCGCCACAGCUUGUUUUUCCAAAGUUACAAAGGUUCUGGUAACAGCACUGAAGUUCUUCCUCAGUUCCGAUGAACGCAAAGAAGACGACUCAGACAGUGAUUCAGAUGACGAACCAAACGCAAAGGAAGUAAUGAUGGCGAAUAAAGUCAACAAGAAGACAAGAAAAAGAGAAAAACAGUUGAAAAAAGUCAAACAAUUGGUACAGAAAUCCAAAAAGAAGAAGUCUGCUGCACCAGUUUACAAUUUUUCUGCGUUACAGCUAAUCCAUGAUCCUCAAGGAAUGGCAGAAAAACUGUUCAAACAACUAGAAACGUCCCACGAGAGGUUUGAAGUGCGACUGAUGACUUUGGACGCUGUCUCUCGACUGAUCGGCCUCCAUCAACUGAUUCUACUGAACUUCUACCCUUACAUACAGCGAUUCCUCCAACCACAUCAGAAGGAGGUGACGAAGUUGCUGGUGUACGCGGCUCAGGCGUGUCAUGAUUUGGUUCCUCCAGAUGUGCUAGAACCAGUUUUGAGGACACUAGUGAACAACUUUGUCAGUGAGAGAAACUCCUCUGAUGUCAUGGCAAUUGGGCUGAACGCAGUCCGAGAAAUGUGUUCUCGUAACCCGUUAGUGAUGACGGAAGACCUGUUAGGAGACUUGGCGCAGUACAAGAACUACCGAGAGCGCAGUGUCAUGAUGGCGGCUCGGUCUCUCAUACACUUGUACAGGCACACAGCGCCUACACUGCUACACAAGCGAGACAGGGGAAAACCUACAGAAGCGUCUGUUGAGCUGAAACUGAAGAACUUUGGAGAAAUGGACGUCCCUGAGGCGGUACCAGGAGCUGAAGUCUUGCUGGAUAAAAAUGAGAGUACAAGUAAAACUGAUGAGGCAGACUCUGACAGCGAAGAUGGAAGUUGGAUCGACGUAUCUCACUCAGAAGAUGAACAAGAGUCUGAAGGGGAAGGAGAAGGGGAUAAUGAUGAAGAGAAAAAUGAAGAAGAGGAAAAUGAAGAAGAGGAAGGUGAAGAUGAAGAUGGAGAUGGAAGUUCAGAGGAAGAAGAAAAAGAUAAAUCAGAUAAAAAAGUAAAAAAAGGAAAAUCUGAAAAGAUCGAGAAAGUAGACGCCAAAGAAGUUGUGGCAAUGAAGAAGAAACAAGCAGCCGAAGUCAGCGUAAUGCGGAUCUUGACUGAUGAUGACUUUAAAGAAAUCGACGCAGCUUUGAUCAGGAAACAAAUCGAAGCCCCUAAAAAAGGCAUCAAGCGAAAACUGGAAGAGGACGAUUCAAAAGCCAAGAAAGAACUAGUUUCAUUGGCAGACAUUGAAAAUAUCUACAAAAAGAGGAAACACGACAAGCAAGCAAGAAUUGACUGUGUUAAGAAAGGACAAGAAGGGAGAGAAAAGUUUGGUUACAAAGAUGGCAGACUAAACCCUUUCUCCAGCAAAACCAACAGAGAGAAAAAGAAGAAUAAGAAUUUCAUGAUGAUAAAACACAAAGUCAGGGGAAAGACAAAGCGAUCUUUCAAAGACAAACAGAUUGCCCUGAGAAACUACCUUAUCAAACAAAAGAAAAUGAGAUAAUAGGUGAAAAUGAGCUACUGAAUGUGUAUAUUUGUAAAAUAAACAUUUAGUAAAAAAAAGUGCAUUAUGAUUUUACUCUUUUGAUAA